AUGGCCGGGGCGCGCGGGCUGCUGUGCCUGUGGCUGGGCUGCCUCUGCGUGAGCCUGGCGCGGGGAGGGAGGCUGAGGCAGCAUCCGCCCGAGCUCAGCAAGACCCUGCCCGGCGACCGCUCCGCAGGUGGGGGCCCGAGCCCCGUGCUGCGGCUGCACGACAAGGUGUCGGAGCACAUGCUGCGGCUCUAUGACAGGUACAGCGGCGGCAGGACCCGCGCGGCGCGGGCACCGGGCUCCCCCGAGCGGAGCGCGCAGCCCCUGCGCUCCCGGGCCCUGCGCGAAGGCAACACGGUGCGCAGCUUUCGAGCCGCUGGAGCAGCAGGAAACCUUGAAAGCAAGGGACUGCAUAUUUUUAACUUGACUUCUCUAACCAAGUCUGAAAACAUUUUAUCUGCCAUACUGUAUUUCUAUAUUGGAGAGCUGAUUAACAUCAGCCUGAGUUGUCCAGGAUCAAGAGAGUGCUCACAUCAUGCCCAGAGGAAACAUAUUCAGGUCGAUAUCACUGCAUGGAUCCUCAAAUCCAACAGAGACCAAAGUAAACUCCUGGGCCAUCUUUCGGCAGAUGUGGGCAGGCCUCAUCGAGACCUUGUGUCUUGGCUGUCUAAAGACAUCACUCAACUCUUGAGGAAGGCUAAGGAGAGUGAGGAGUUCCUCUUAGGAUUUAACAUAACCUCCAAAGGUCACCAGCCGCCAAAGGAGAUGUUAUCCUUUCCUGACCCUUAUAUCUUGGUGUAUGCCAACGAUGCUGCCAUUUCUGAGCCGGAGAGUGUGGUAUCAAGCUUACAAGGUCACCGAAGCUUUUCCGCCGGAGCUGUACCCAAAUUGGAUAGCCAUAUCAGGGCUGCCCUUUCUCUGAAACGGAGGAAGAAGCGUUCUACUGGGGUCCUGCUCCCUCUGCAGAACAAUGAGCUUCCUGGGGCAGAAUAUCAGUAUAAGGAGGAUGGGGUCUGGGAGGAGAGAAAGCCAUACAAGACCCUUCAGACUCAGCCCCCUGAGAAGAGUAAGAACAAGAAGAAACAGAGAAAGGGGCCUCACCAGAAGAGCCAGACACUCCAGUUUGAUGAACAGACGCUGAAGAAGGCAAGAAGAAAGCAAUGGAUUGAACCUCGGAAUUGUGCCAGGCGAUACCUUAAGGUGGACUUUGCGGAUAUUGGCUGGAGUGAAUGGAUUAUCUCCCCCAAGUCCUUUGAUGCCUAUUAUUGCUCUGGAGCAUGCCAGUUCCCCAUGCCAAAGUCUUUGAAGCCUUCCAACCAUGCUACCAUCCAGAGCAUAGUGAGAGCUGUGGGAGUCGUUCCCGGAAUACCUGAGCCUUGUUGCGUGCCAGAAAAGAUGUCCUCGCUCAGCAUCUUAUUCUUUGAUGAAAAUAAGAACGUGGUACUUAAAGUAUAUCCUAACAUGACAGUAGAGUCUUGUGCUUGCAGAUAA